CUGGUCUGGCUUUGCCAAAGAAGCGUAAACACGGGCAGUUGUGGUAAGAACAUGGAGCUCUAAAUCUACGAUGUAGGUGAGGGUAAAAACAGUUAACGUUGUCAGGCGACGAAAGGAUAUCGUAUCUGUGUGUGAACGAGGUUGAUAUUCGUUGACAAGCAUCGCAUGAACUGUCUCAGCUAAUCGACUUCAUUUGUUGUUAUCUCUAGAAGCUACCUUACAUGGUUAGGUAGCGUUGGCUAACAUUAGCUAACCCUCAGUUAUCACCCGACUCCCUUUCCAAACAGCCCACAAACGUUUGUCGUUUAGACGGUGACUAAGCUCAAGUAAGUAUCAGGGUGAGCUCGUUCCUAUCCCAGAGCUGGGAUGCCGUGUCUGGGCCAUGAAGGCAUGAGGUCCCAUCUUAAAGUCCUGGCUCUUGUCCUGUGCUUCAUUCUGGGACCUUCUCCUUCAGACGCCUACAUCUAUGCGCACUACAGUAAUAUGACCCCCAUGUCAUUUGAGGACAGACCGGCUCUGUUUGGUGGCCUCUUGCCGAUGGAGGGUCUUAUGGGUGUUUUAGUGGAAGCCCGUCCUCAAAAUGCCUGCUUACCCAUUGACCCUCCCCCUCCCCCGCCAACUCCUGGUGAGGCCAACCUCACUAAAUACAUCGUACUCAUCCGCCGCUUUGACUGCAACUUUGACAUCAAGGUACUGCAUGCUCAGCAGGCUGGGUUCAGUGGUGCCAUUGUCCACAAUAUGUACUCUGACACAAUACUCAACAUGAACUUCAGUAAUGUUACCAUUGCAGAGGAAAUUGAUAUCCCCUCCGUUUUCACCAGUUACUAUGCCUCCCAGGUCUUGCGAAACUUUAUUAUUCCAGAGAAGGGGGCCUAUAUCAUCCUGAAGCCAGACUUCCCCUUCCCACUGGCCUACUAUCUUAUCCCCUUCACAGGAGUGGUUGGGAUGAUCAUCCUUGUCAUGGUCAUCAUCCUGGUUGUGCGCUGUGUCCAGUAUAAGAAGAGACUGCGAAAGAACAGACUGACUAAAGAACAGCUGAAGAAAAUCCCUAUUCACAAGUUCAAUAAAGGUGAUGAGUAUGAUGUGUGCGCCAUUUGUUUGGACGAAUAUGAGGAGGGUGACAAGCUGCGAGUUUUGCCUUGCUCACAUGCCUACCACUGCAGGUGCGUGGACCCGUGGCUCACGCUGACCAAGAAGACGUGCCCGGUGUGCAAGCAGCGGGUGACACGGCCCAACCCCGAGUUCUCCGAGUCGUCCGACUCGGACGAGGACGGCGGCUCGCGCACCGACGAGGAGGGUGGCAGCGGCGCCACGGCCACCACCGACGAGGCCAGCUCCGAGCGGACGCCGCUGCUGCGCGCGUCUAACCCGGCCUCACCGCUCGCCAGCAGCCCGCCCGUCACCACCUACGCCUCCACCGUCGCCACGGUCACCGCAGUCACCACGGUGACCACCGCCCAGUGCCUGGCGCACACGCCACAGCGCGACUCGCCCCUGCUGGGCUACGACGGCUACUACUCGCCUGAGGAGGAUUCAGAGCAGGGGCUGUCGGAGGAGGAAGACGACGACACGGCCCAGCUCAUUGGCCGCGGCGCGGUAGGAGUCUGAAAGACUAGACCCGCCCCAAAGCGCGCUAUUAAAUCCCCCUUUUUAUUGGAAUAGCCCUAGCUGGUCUCAAUGUUUUUAUAGGGCUGUGAUCAGAGAGGAGGAGAAGAAUAGCAAAGUCAUUUAACCCUGUGGUUGAGACCCUAAACAUUUUUUUAAGCAAGACUCAUAAUGGGCUCUCGUUGAUAGCGUUAAAGCUGUCGACUGUCCACUUAUUGUAUGGCUUGUUGCUUGGGAAUGGGAACAUUAACAAAUUAAGAAUUCCAAAAUGAGGCUUUAAGAGAAUCCAAUCUAACCUAUACUGUAGGCCAUCAGCGUAAAAAUUGAUUUUAUUUUAUUUUUUAUUUCUACUUAAUGUCACAUAUAAAAUGUAAAAAUGGCAUUUUAACACCAUAUGCCUCCAAACACUCCUCUCUCUUUUAGACACACACACACACACACACACACCUACACACCUACAUCUAGUGCAAUAUGGACUGGUGGCCAGUUUAUAUGUGUCCACUAACCUGAGUCUCUUCAACGCAGUAUGUGCAAUUGUAUCAUCUUACCCGCAAGUGUAGUGUACCCCAAAGACUUGGAAUAUAUUUGCAAUAUUCUGAUCCUGCUUAUAAAAUCAUGUUGCCAUUGUUCAGUUGAUGAUUUGCAACUGUAUUUUUAUUUUAUUUUUAAUUGCAGUAAUUGUCACUGCAUCCUGUUCUUCUGCUACUGUGCUUUGAUGUUUUUAAUGUGAUUCCAUCUGAACCAUGAUUUGGGCCCGUGUCUGGAUGUCAAACAUUGAAGCGUAAACAAACUGGUUUGGGCAGAGGGAGUGUGUGAGGGGCAUCCAACAGGGUGCCGUAUGAGACCUGAGUCUCUUGCAUCACUUUACCCUCGUCUCUGUCUGUUCAGUCUUUCCUUCUUCUUUCUCUUCUCUUCUCUUCUCACCCCAUCUAGAUUUUCUGUUUUAACUAAUGGAAAGUCUUAAGGGACUCAGCAGAAUUUUAUGUUAAUUUUAUACACAGACCACACACACACUUUUACUCUGUGUGUGAAUGGUUUCAUUGUCUGGACACUAAUAAUAUAGAUGCUUCUUUGGGUCUUAUAAUGUGGUUAAGACUUUCUGUUGCUGAUGUAUAGGUCACAUGUCCAUGUGUAAGCUCAUUCUCUGUUAUAGUACAGUUGAUUAUUAAAUUAAAGAUGAUUAUUGUUACUGCCUAAAGGCACAUCUUAUAAACUUGUAUUGAAGUUGUGCCUGAUUUAAAAGCUGUUUAUAGGCAGUAGUACUAGUUCCCUCCAUAAUCCCAUAAGUUUCCCAUCAAAAAUCAUCGCAAGCGACUUGAAUGUGUGUAGUUUCUACUCAAAUUGAUCUAUGUGAGAGGAUUUUUUUGUCUGUAAAUAUAUUUUUUUCUUUCAAAUAUCCUGUCAGAGGUCAGUGAAGGUGUGACAAGUCAUUGAGUGGAAUUGUAAAUGGAAAUAAAAGCACAUUUGGAGAACAUAAAUAACCACCAGGCACCUGUAGGAUACUGACAACCAUGCCCAGAAUAGGGACCAAGUUCUUGUUGAAUAACCAUUGGCAGAUUAUUUGUUUUUUCAUUUACCGUAUAAGAUCAAUGUUUAUGCGUCUUUGAUCCCUACCUUUGCUGGUAUUUUCUUUAGGGGAUGUACUUUCUUUACCUUUGUGCCAUAAAAACACAAUUUUACCUAUA